GCCAGGAAUUUCGACGAGAUUGUGCGGCAGGUGGUCGGUCUCGAGUACGAGAUGCCUCGCCACGUGCCGCGUGAGGCGGCCGAGCUGGUCGAGGGCAUGCUGCAGCUCUCGCCGUGCGACCGACUCUCGGUGGAAGAGUUGGUGGCCAAUGAUUGGGUGCGCCACUCCCGUUUCGCGCAGGAGCCGCUCACCGCCGGCGCCGCCGUCUGCGAGGUUAGCGACGACGAUGGCGCGAAGGGGGCGCGGACGUUUUUCGAUCGCCACCGCGCGCAGCUGCGGCGGCUCGGCGUCGGGCUGCUCUACGUCAUGCUCUGCGCGUUGCUGCUGGCCCGAGAGCUGCGACCGACGUCAUAGCGCGGAAUCUCUCCCCACACCACUAUUACACGUACGGUGUUACCAGUAUGGAGAGAAAUCUCCCAGACCCAGUAUAUGUGAUCUGUGAUCUGUAAGGGUCCGCCCGCAGGCGCAUUUUGUAUACCGAGGCGGUGCCCGGUGCCGACGCCUGUCGGACCUUGAGACAGCAUGUAGAUCCCUGGGCGAGGGUGAUGGCGUCCCCGUCGGGUCAGGAAGGCUGAAGGACCCAGUAUAUGUUUUCGUCUAAACACACAAGAUGCGGC